ACGAGGUUGCGCUCACGACUAGUGCCCCCUUAAAUUUUAACUCCUCCUCUGUCGCCCUGAAACUGAACUGAACGAACUAUAUUACAAUAACGAUGCAAUGAAGAGCGUCUAGAUAGCGAAGUCACGACCGUUGCUGUUCAAAAUGAGACAAAGGACUACAAAGGACGUGUCGACCUGCGCUCACACAACAGCCAAAGUUAAGAGGAAGGACGACCCUCAGUCCCGGUGGAUGAAAUGUCAUUUAUUUGCCCUGUUUGUCAUCCUUGUUUUGGUGCCUUUCAUACUGAUAGUAGCACGGGAAUUAUUCCAGUACCUUGUUUACAAGUACAGAAUCAAGGUUCCGCUUUUUGUUGACCUCAGCCAACCAGUUGAUUUCUCCCUAAAUCACACUAUAAACAUAUACUUAACAUCAGAGGAAGGAAUCUCUCUUGGUGUAUGGCACACCGUUCCUGAAGGUAAAUGGAGGGAGUCACAAGGGAAAGACAUGGCGUGGUACCAAAACACUUUAAAUGAUGACAGUCCAGUUUUUAUAUAUCUACAUGGGAACACAGGCACAAGGGCAGCUACUCAUCGGGUGGGAGUUGCAAAAUUAUUGAGUACGCUUGGUUACCAUGUGUUGGUGCCUGACUACAGAGGUUUUGGAGACUCAAGUGGUGAGCCUACUGAAGCUGGACUCACUACAGAUGCUCUUCAUGUGUACAACUGGGUGAAAAAACAUAGUGGAAGCAGUCUGGUCAUCCUCUGGGGACAUUCUCUUGGCACUGGAGUGUCCACUAACACUGCAGUCAAACUUGCGGAGCAAGGUAUUGUUUUGGAUGGUGUGAUUCUUGAAGGCACCUUUAAUAUGGCUAAAGAGAAACUACCAAGUCAUGUGUUUUCUUGGUAUUACUGGAAAUUUCCAGGCUUAGGAUACUUUUUUCCAGAGCCAUGGGCUGAAAAUAAAGUUGUCUUUCCCAGUGAGGAAAAUUUAAGAAGAAUGAAAAGCCCUGUACUUUUCCUUCAUGCAGAAGAUGAUCCAAUUACUCUCAUUCAGUAUGCUCAGCAACUGUACGAGGUAGCAGUGAGUACUCAGAAUGCAGAGCGAGUCAAGUUUGUGUCCUUUGAAGGUUCUUUAGGGUACCUGCACAAUGGAUUAUACAAAGACCACCGUCUGCCAGACAUCAUAAAAAAGUUUAUUUUGUCUUUGUGAAGUGGGAAGACGCCUUCUGCAGACGUUAGUGUGAAUGACAGUGAUAUAAUGUUAAAAAUAUACAAAUGAUUUGCUUUACCUUAAAUGCAGCAUUCCAUUUAUUGUGUUCAUUGGUUUAUACAUACUGAAUGUGAAUAGUGUAAACAUCGUUUGAUAAUUACUCAAAGCUAUAGUAGGUUUGUUCCUUUUACUAUGUAACAAUGCCUGAAAAACAGUGCAGCGUCGAUUGUUAUUAUUAUAGAGCUGUGCAUGAAAAUCUAUUAAGAAUUAAGUAGAUUAUGAAGAACUGAUUGUUAAUAAAUCACGCCUCGAAAGCAAUGUAGGCAUAAAAGGAGUGAAUUACAGUACACUUGGCUGCAACCAGCAGAGCUGUUAGUGAUUCAGUGUUAGGUUGCUGUCUGAACAUGUAAAAUGACAUUAGCUAUUGGAAGUUGAGCUAUAGAUGCACGCACACCUCCACUUUGACACAAAUCCUCCAGUCAUCCACUGGUUAAUGCAACACUGGCAUCAACACUUUAUGGGAUUUUCCCAUUCAAUUAAAAAUAAUAAUUAAAACAACAUUUGUGUCCAUUCUUAAUGCCUUUUUAAUAUAGCAGAAAUUUUAACUUCACCCCUGAAUCCUGUUUAUCAUUACAAUGUAAUUACAAGAAGUGUCUUUGUGUCUUAAAUGUCUUAUUUCAAGGAUGUAAAUUCAAUUUUGUCAUGGCCCACGUUGUUGGUAUGGAUUCUCUCAGCGGGCCGUUAUGACUGUUUCAUCACCUCAUAGUAUUAAUAUUAA